UUGUUUUUCUUUGCGAGUUUUAUCAUAUUUGAUUUACGUAGCCUACUAGCUAGCUCGACUAUUUGGAUGAUCUAUCACAUGUUAUGUAGCCGCUAGCCAGCUAGCUAUAGUAGCUAGCUAUUUAUCCCAACAUUGAUCACACUUGUGCGCAUAGAGAAAAUAGGAUAUGCUGCAGCCACCAUGCUAGGGACUCCAACAUCCACCAAACAAGGGACACGUGAGAAUUCCAUGUUGUUUGAGAUGUCUCGAAUAUCCCCUCUUCUAUUUGAAGACACUCCUGAAUUAAUCUCAUCAGUGGCACCUGAUACAGUCGAGGGAUGCAAAAAGAAGAAGAAGAAAAAGACUAAAGCUCUAUCUGAACAGGGAUCAGAAGAACCGGCAAUUGAGCAUAAUCAAAAUGAUGGUCACCAGUUGAAGGUAGAGAAAGGGGGUGAAGAACCUAAACAUAAAGAGCAAACAGUGACUGUGGUGGAGAAGGAGAGGAAGAAACUCAAAAAAGGAAAGCAAGAGAAGCAGCCAAAUGUUAUUCAAGAUGAAAUGGAGGUACCAGAUCCUGAGGAACAAACUGGAGGGAAAACAAAGAAAAAGUCCAAGAAUCUUCAAACACAACAGGUGGGAGCAGAGGGAGUGACUGCUGAUGAGAAGAGUAUGAAUAGCCGGAAGAAUAAGAGAAAACAUAAUAACAUUGAGCCAGAACGGGGGAUAGACAGUGUCCUCUCAAAGGCUGCAGUAGAUGUUUCAGCUGUAACUGCGCCAGAUGAGGCCAGAAAGAGUAAGAAGAAGCACAAGAACAGACAAACAGAACUUGAGGGAGCGGAAAGCUGUCUGACAGUUUCAAGAACAGCAGAGGAUCCAGAAAUCAUAGAACUGCACACUGAAACAGUCAAGAGUGGUGAACGUAUGGUAACUGAGGCAGCGGAGAACGUAAAAGAGAAGAGGAAACAAAAUAAGAAAAAACACGGAGAGAGUGAACUGAAUGAUUGUCCAGAUAAAGCAGACCUUCCAGGUAUAAAAGAACAAACUGAAAGAAAAUUGAAGUCAAAGAGGUCGAAAUCAGAUGGAGGGUCUACAGCUGUGGAGGGCAGCGGGAGAAAGAAAAAACUACGCAGAGCGUCAGACAAGGGAAUGGCCAGUGUCCACUCUGCAGCAGAUGUUUUUGAUUUAGCUGUUCCAAAUGACAACAGGACUCAUGAUGCUGGAACAAACAGUGAGACAGAGGAGGGCGCCCAUUCAGUCAUUGAGACAGGGACCCAACACAACAAACCCUGCCUAAAGGAAGAAACUCUAAGUGUGGACGACUGGCAAGCUCUGAAGGAUCUCAAAGAGUUCAUUCCCAACAUUGAGUCAAAGUCGGUUGACGAGAUCCAUAAGAUGAUAAAGUAUGAUCUUGAUCGAUUCAAGGAAUUCCGAAGACAAGGCCUUUCCCUGCGAAGUGGAAGAUUCAAUGCGCAGGAGAACGAACGACUCAGGAGUAAUGUCUACAACUUCCUGUCUCUCACUGGGAUUCAGAGUGGCUCUGAGCUCUUCCAUCCACAGCGCUUUAAAGAGGAAGAAGCAAAUAUCAAGAAAUUGAAGAGGCAGCACAGAUUCCAUGAAAGAAUAGGUGAAGGAAUACCCAGGCCUUGGCAUCAAGUCUAUAUUCGUGGGAGGAAAAUGUUUGAUGGCAGCAACUACAAGGGCAGGUUCACCAAAGAAGAGCUUCACUCUUUGAAAAAACUGCAGACGUUGCACGGCAACAAGUGGGCGAAGAUCUCACAGUUGACUGGCCGAAGCGAAUCGUCCCUGGAGAAACGUUUCGCUCAAAUGUCUGCAAACAGAGGCGCGUGGACCGAUGAAGAACUGAAAAGACUAAUGGAAGCUGUGCGGAAGCACCUGGUGGGACAGGCAGAGCCUGGUAGUGGACCAGCCACCGUCAGGAAAGACCAUCUGUACAACAACAUCCCCUGGACAGAUGUGUGCCAGGCGGUUGAAACGCGCCACUGGUCCCAGUGUCGAAUAAAAUGGUUGGCUGUUUUGAAGCACAAAAUGGCAUGUGGACACCCAGUAUUCAGUGGCGGCACACAAUCCUUACAGGGCAAAGUGGAUUUGAUCAAAGCGUUGAAUGCAAUGCAGAUAGAAGAUGCUGCAGAUAUCGACUGGGAAGAAAUUGCUUACACAAUUGGGGAUGUCACGCCGCGCUACAUUCAGACACACUACUACAGGUUAAAGGUAGCCAGAGUUCCGAUGUGGCAGAGCAUGUCCUUCUGUGAGAUCAUCGACUUCCUCAACAGUAGAGUUCUCCCCAAUUUUGAAGAGCGCCUCCAAGUUCUGAUAAACUCAGGAGAGAUGGUGUCCAGAAACGAUCCUCAAGAGCUCUUUCUCCUCUCUGAGAUCUUUGAUAAUGAGGACAGCGACUACUACAGCGAGGUUCAGAACAGUUAAAAACAAAGCACGUGGACCUUGCUUAAGUUCCCUGUGGCGGUAGCUGUGUGCCUGCUCUUUCAUUGUGGUUAAUGACGAUCAACUUAGUUGUAAUUAAAUGUUAGUUUGGUUUUCUGUAAGACAUUACAAUGUCAUCACCCCCAUAACGAUUACUUUGAUGUAAUGCAUUUUGUGGGGGGGAUAUGGUGAAUACUCCGGUGACCAGCUGUGUAUUGUGUGUUUGCAAAAUCUGACUGAGGGGACAUUUUUAUAGUCCCUUUUCUUUUUUAGAGAAUAAAUGGUUUCUAGUU